AUGAAGGGUACUACUACUAGCUGCAUUGAUGAUCAAAUACUAUGUGAGAUACUAAGCAGACUUCCAUUGAAAUCGCUUGUGCGUUUCAAACGCGUAUGCAAAUCUUGGCAAUCCUUGAUUGAAAAGGAUCAGUGGUUGAUCAAAUUACACCAUCGACGGCAAUUGAAAACAAGUCCACAUCUCUAUUUUUUGACCAGUAAAGCUGUAUUAGAAAGUCCACGGGUCUUCAUCGUGAAUCUCAUGGUGUCUUUUCCUAAGGAUGAAAGCGUUAAAAUUGAGAUUCCUUGUACAGCAAACUUGUGCAUAGACACAAACCACAAAGAAAUAACUACAGCAACAAAAACCAUGCAAGCCAUAUCGAAUAAAGAUUUGUUGGUUUGUCAGCAUAUACAAAAACCCAUCAACGGUAUGAUAUGCUUAAUCGACAAAAUAGAAAGAAAAGAUAUGGACUCUGACAAUGAAGUUAAAGAGGAUCAUGCUGCAGGUCUAUACAAUGUCAUCACCAAAGAAGCGACACCUUGGAUCAGAUCAGCUUACUUAGCACAAGUAGAGAAAUUAUGUGACUUAUCGAAAGUAGAUGUAUAUCGUACUUAUGAAUUUGGAUUUGAUCCUACAACAAGGGAAUACAAAGUGAUUUGCAUGUGGAGCAUAUCUGGGUAUGAGCUUCCAAAAUUGGAAGGGUACAUGGAGUACACAAUAUACGAAGACGAAGAGGAGAAUUACAAAAUGUGCGAGGCCUUGACUCUAGGCAGCGACACUGCUUGGAGAAGGAUUGAUAAGGUACCACCGUCAGAUAAGUUCUCUAAAGAUCUAUAUGGUUCCGUUUAUGCGAAUGGUUCCAUAUAUUGGAUGUAUUACAAUGAUAUUCGUCCCAUGCUAGUGGCAUUUGAUGUCGGGAGAGAGGAUUACAGAGUUAUGCCAGACCUUGAUAUGAUUGGUAUUGAUCGGCCUAACUCUUAUUAUCUUAUGGAAUUGGAUGGGCAUCUAGUUAUAGUAAAGAACCCAGAUAAUCACACUGUCAAUCUGUGGAUACUUGAUGACGACUGCGACAAAAAUACAAGUACUACAAAUACUAGUAACAUCAAAUGGACUAAAGAGAUUAUCAUGUUACCUAUUUGCUGGAGUUGUCAAUAUGUUCGGCUUCACGCUGUCGAGGGAACUGAGUACUCGAUCUUAGAACUAUCUGAUGUGGAGAGUGAUAAACCUCGUUAUCGCGAUUCUGUUUUCGUACAUUCUUAUAAUCGGAAGACGAAAACUUUCAGCAAGAUUGAAAUUACUGGAGAUGAAAGCGCCAACUCCUUCUUAGGUGCCAAUAUUGGUCAUCCCUCUUACAAAUUUACAAUGUAUGUUGAAAGUCUUUUGACCCUUCAGAGGAGUUAUAGGUGA